AUGGCUCCACGAGGGAGCGCAAGUACAGUCACGUCCAUAUGGAGCGAUGCGGACGACGGGGCGACUGUCUUGCCCAGCUCGGAGGAAGGGGUAUGGGGACAGCGGGGAGGAUACAAGGAGGAUCACAGGGAGAAAAGAGGGGCGGUGGUGGACGCGCCUCUAAUAGAGCUGGAUAGCGACUAUGAGGCUCAGCCGGCUCGCCAAGGAGGGGCGGGGAAGACAGGCCCGACGCCGGCCGAUGCGCUCAAGCGUCUUUUGGCGCAGAUGGAGGGUGAUGCGAAGGCGGCUACCCCUGCAGACCCGUUCGCUAUCGGUACGAGUCCGAUUAGGCGGCCUACAUCGCUACCGCCAACUCAGCCGGCUGCGCGGGCCAGAUCACCACCUCUUGCGGCGGAAGGGGGGUAUCGAAGGGCGAAUUGGCGGGAAGGCAGGAGAAUAGGGGUAUAUCCGCCCACUAGGGAGGCGGGAGACUCUUCGCUGGAGCGAGCGUCAGCUGGAGAGGAGGAAGAGGAGAGUCCGCCGACUCCGCCAGUGCGGAUCACCAACCCAUACCGCCACUCUGCGCGAAAGACUUCAGAUCCAAGCACUUCCUCGAAGCAUAGGAUAUCUUCCAGAGCCGCCGUUCUGCAGAAUAGCACAUCCCGCUCUCCGCCCCUCCACACCUCUUCAUCCCCUGCCCAUUCCCCAUCCCCCCUCGAAGCCUUUAUCGCUCAGCCCUCGCACACUUAUCCAGCCGAGCCUUCCUCAUCUCGGUCUCCGCCAUCCUUCCGCUCGUCUACCUCUACCUCGCGGAAAGGCAAGGAGCGCGCAAACCCGCAGCCGGAUCCGCAUCCUCUGUCAACGCGCAGACCAGUUUCUGCGGGUCGUCAUAUUACACCUCGCCGGUCCUCUUCUCCCUCAUCUUCGGACGAGGACCAUCCCCAAUCCCUUCAUCGCCCUAUACCGUCGCAUUCCCGUCCAGCUCGGACGCCUCGGCGCUACAGCGUCGAGCUAGCGCCAGACGACUCGGAGGUAUUUGCGCAGGAUCUCGAAGCGGGGCAAGGGGUUGAUUUGGACCUGGAUGAAGAGGAAGAAGCUGGACUCGAAAGACCGUGGGGAAGUGAGAGCGGAAGUGGGGAAGACGAGGAUGUGGGACAGGAAGGAGAGAUAGGGAAGGGGAAUACGAGCCAUGAUCGGACGGAACGGCCUGCUGAUCCUACUCAGCACGCAUCGCCGACCUCUCCACAUCGAUCCAGGGAGGACUCGAGUCGACUCUCCAGGCUUCUCCACGCCGAACGAUCUGAUCGGCGAGAGACCUCGGUGGAUGUCUCGCUACCCCAUCGGUCAGAUCCAGACGAUCCGGAGGAAGGAGAAAGGGGGGGGAGUCUGUCAGAGAGAAGAGCGGGGCUGUUUCGUUCGGGAAGUCGGAACUCGGCGAGGGGGAGUUUAUCGCCUCAACCACCACCGGCGUCAUCACCACUGGCGGAGACACGGCGGUCACCUAUCGCACAUACGCCGUCACCUAUCGCUCCUCGUCGGUCCCCUGCUCCAAAUCGACCCUCUCCUCCGGGACGCACGGACAUCGACUCGAGCGGUCUGUCCCUGCUCAAUACCCCUCCUUCUAUCGCUCAAUCCCAAUCUCGCCUGGACACCUCCUUCCUCACUGCCGACUCCCGCACCUUCCCAUCACCGCCCAUACGAGUCGGCAUGGCCCUCACACCACCCGUAUCUACCCCAAGUCGACCGGCAGCGGGCGAAACGAUCUCAGCGCCCACCCCGCACCCGCCUGGGUGGCUCGAACGUACGCCUGGGCGGUCGGUCCGUUUCUCCCCGCUAAGAAAGACGGACAAGGACUGGUCCGUGUCUCAAGCGAGCUCCGGGGCGGACGCGUCAGCCUCGGCCUCGGCCUCGGUUUCGGUUCACCGCCUCAAGCUGUCUCCGGCCAAGCAGGAACGGAAGGGCUCGUCACCCAAAGUGGCAUCUCCACUCGGCAGGCCGGACAGAUCAGAGAGUGUGGCAGAAGUGGAAGCUGGGGAUACAUCCCUGACUUCCCGCUUGAUCACCCGGCUCUUCCCUCGUCCAUCUACUACACUCCGGGAUGCCUCGGCUGAGCUCGACCGCGCGCGCAAGCUUACGGUCGAAGCUCAGACGGCGGUAGAGGAGAGCGCGAUGGCGUGGAUGGAAGCUCUAGGACAGCUGGGCAGACAAGCGGGUCAAGCGGGGAAACAAGGGGCAAGAUGGGGGAAAUGGGGAUGGUGGUUCUCGAUGCAGAUCCUGCUGGUUUGGGUGACACUAGACUACACAGCCUCCCUCAAUCCCCAUUCGAACACCUUCCAAACCCUCAAUCUGAAUCCUCAUGCCUUGGCCACUCGCGUCCCAGGCGCCCUGUCGGCGUUCAUCAUACCGAGGGAGAGUGCGAACUUUUUCGAUCUGUUGGAGCGGUAUGAGGUGCUCAGAAGGGCGGAGGGGGUGUUGGGGGUCAUGGAGCCGAUUGUAAGAAGAGGUACGGGGAGGGCGGGCGUUUUGGGUGGGGAGGAGGGGCAGAGAGCGGGAGGUAGGAUGAGGAUGGUGGGUGGUGUACCGAGUUGA